CUUCCCUCUGGAAAGAACUGGUGGAGAUCACGGUGCCAACUGUGGGCGGGGCAUUCAUCAGCUGACGGCAGCGUUUUAACAAUCAGCUUUUGUGUCCUGCUACCACAGAAUCGGGCGUGGAAGAUUCAGAAAAACUCAAUUUGGUGAGUCAGAAGAGGAAACUUACGAUAUGUAUGUGUGAAGUAACAUGGCCAGCUGGAAGAGUCAUGCGCGUGCUCAACUGCAACUCAGAGACCAAACCGAGAAACUUCCAUACGAGGGCGUGUAUACAAGCUUGUCUCAAUUGGAAGAACGCUUUGAAAUUCGCCGGCAGUUUUUAAAAGAUCUCCAGUCAGCAAGCUCAGAAGAUGGAAUAAAAGUUGGGGAGAAUGUCAGACUACUUCAACUUGGCCUCAGAGAAAGUGAGCAUCUUGCUGAAAAGCUGUCGCAGACCGUCUCGGACUUGACCACCGUCCUGUACCUGAAAGAUGCUGAGUUGCAACACUGGCAGUCACGCGUGUCCCACCACCGCCAAGAGGCUAUCACUCUGGCUAAGGCAAGCAACGCCCUGAAGGCGACCCUUUAUCAACAUGAGUACACCAUCGAGCAACAGACUAAAGAACUGGCCACCCUGCACGUGGAGCAGAGCGGCCUGAAGGAGGCGCUGUCGCAGGCUUGGCGCGAGAAGGAAGAUCUCCUGCGGCGGUGGAUGGAGGAGAAGAAACAAGAGGCGGAUCGGCUGAAUAAGUACAACGACGCACAGGAGAGGUGGCAGCGUGUGGCCAGGCACUUGAAGAGGCACCUGUACAAGAACAAGAAGGAAGCCAGUGAGCCCAUCGCAAGCAACUCUUAAAAGUGACGCUCAAAUCAAUGUUGCUUCCUCGUAAUGGAUGACAGCAGCAUGUUAGUGGUUCGCAUGUCUGCCUCACAACAGAGAAGUCCCGAGUUUGAAUCUUGGCUCGAGCCUUCCUGUGUGGCGUUUGUCAAAAGACUGUUAUCAACUGAUUAAGGUUUAGCAAGUAGUCCAAGUCAGAUUAAUAAUUUCUAACAGGUAUUGCAGUCUUUGAUUUUGAUCACAAUGAUGAUGUAAUAAGAAGUCGCACCUCAUCAAAGGACUUUGUGUCACCUUAUUACACAAUUGAUGUCACAGGAUGUAUGUCCUCAGUCAUAUUAUUUUUGCAAGGGUCUUCUCAGUGUUACUUUUAAACAAACUAGCGUUUUCCAGGUGAUGCAAUUUGUCAUUUAUCUACAACAGGCUUGUCUCAUUUCCAUCAUGUGAGUUGUCAACUUAUAACUUGCUGAAAGAGAAGGACAAAAUAACCUUUAGCAUUUUUAAUCCCUUGCUUGAAAUAUGUCUGUAAAGAAAAUUAGCCAUUAAACAUGUUUAAUUAAAAAAAAAGGUGUGUUUGGUAAUAAAUUGCUCAAUGUUUGUGUAAGAUAAAAUAAGCUAACUGUCCUGAGAAAUAUGGAAAUAAAGUUCACCGAUUUUCUAAAUUAG